AUGUCUUACUGCGGAGACCUGUGCGUACCAUACAGCAGCCCAUGUGAGGUCACCUGCCCUCAGCCCUUGACCAACGCCUGCAACGAGCUGUGCGUCACAUCCUGCGACGACUCCAGAGCUGUCAUUUACCCACCACCCGUUGUCCUGACUUUUCCGGGACCGAUUCUCAGCUCUUGCCCACAGGAAAGCGUCGUGGGCAGCUGUGGACCACUUGGUGUUGGCCACCCAUGUGGUUCUGGGGGCUAUCUUGGAUACAGGGGCUAUGGAAAUGCUGCUGGCUUAAGGGGCUCCAUUCUUUUUGGAGGCUCAAAUGGUUAUGGGGGUGCAUGCAAUUACAGCAGGUCUUAUAAUUCUGGAUACUCAUCACUGGGAAGGGGAAAUUUUAGCCCAAAUUCUUACCGCCGGUACAGCACCUACAGCCGAGGAAGCUGUGGGCCAUGCUAA